GUUAUGGUAGUAGAGGUAACUGUGAAGAGUUACAGCAAGGAUCAGAAUGCCUACAACUCGCACCAGACGUCCAGGGGAUUCCUAUUUCAGUCACACACAUGCUGUACCUCUACAGAGAGUUAUCCACACUGUGCCACGCCUUGUCCGGUACAAAUCAACUUCUGCCUAAAUCAGUAUAGACAACAUUGUCAGUCAUUCAAAGUCACAUCGAAGAUAGUUCCCACCGGUAACUCCAUUACGUUUGGAGAUCACGUGGGUAACCUCACGAACCCUUUCCAGUUAACUGCACCAAGGUGGUCGCGCAAUCUGGGUUUGACAGUCCAAGCUACAUUGUACGGUACCAGGCAUAUGGUACUGAACGGCAGACAGUCCAUACUGAUCAGGCCUUCCUUUUCCCCAAUAACAUUCUCUGGAGAAGCUUCUGAUUAUCAGCUUGGUAGUCGUUUAUCAUUUACCUUUAAAGUUUAUUGUGGAGAAUGUUCGUCAGGCUCCUACUGUGAAAUACCAUUUAUUCAGAGGAACCACAAAGUCUGUCUUCCAGGGGGAAAGGGUACGAUAUCAUGCGAGAAAGGAUAUUUGUAUUCUCAGUACAGGAAAACAUGCACAGAUAUUGACGAGUGUCACACUUUACAUCCAUGUAAGAACGGGGCCAGUUGUGUUGACAACGAUGGCAGUUAUCUGUGUGUUUGUAACGGAGAUUGGACCGGUAAGAACUGUACAGAGGCUAGGGAUCAUUGCUUGAGUAUGCCGUGCCAGCACGGUUCUACUUGUGUUAAUCAACAAGGAAGUUACACAUGCGCAUGCGCCAAUGGAUGGACAGGAGGUAACUGCGAAAAUGAAGUAGAUGAAUGCUUAUCCAUGCCUUGCGCAAAUAAUGGCUCGUGCAUCAACGGCAAUAUGGGGUAUUCCUGUAACUGUACGGACGGAUGGACAGGAUUUAACUGUUUACAGGAUAAUAAUGAAUGUCUAUCCACGCCGUGUCAACAUAACGGGCUUUGUAUAAAUACAAAUGGUAGUUAUUUGUGUAACUGUACCACUGGCUGGACUGGAAUAACAUGUGACCUCGAUGUUGACGAAUGCAAAUCCGUCCCCUGCCACAACGAGGCAAUAUGUGUAAAUACCCCUGGCGGAUACUUCUGCAACUGUACCGCUGGAUGGAAGGGAGAUAACUGUAUACAUGAUAUCAAUGAAUGCAUUGGAGUUCCUUGUCAGAAUAACGCGACCUGUACCAACAGCGAAGGAGGGUUCAGUUGUAAUUGUUCAGAAGGCUGGCUGGGAGCCACAUGUGAUAUCGAUGUGGAUGAACCAACGAAAACCCAUGUCUUCACGGCGGACACUGCAAUAAUACACUCGGUGGAUAUAUCUGUGACUGUACUGAGAACUGGCAGGGAGUCACAUGUGGUAUCGAUGUGGAUGAGUGUCCAACACAACCCCUGUCUUCACGGUGGGCACUGUAUCAACAUUAUCGGUGGAUAUUUUUGUAAUUGUACAGAGAACUGGGAUGGAGUCACGUGUUCCGAUGACGUCAAUGAAUGUCAAGUUAGCAGCCCGUGUGUUAAUGGCGGAAGCUGUAUGAAUAUUAAGGGAGGGUACUUUUGUAAUUGUUCAGCAGGAUUUUUUGGCGUUGACUGCUCCUCUGAUAUCGAUGAAUGUUUAGAUUCCCCUUGUGGCCAGAACGGCAACUGUAAAAACACGAGAGGUGGGUUUGUCUGUGACUGUGACAUAGGCUGGACUGGUCUGAGCUGUGAUGCUGACGUCAACGAAUGUUUAGAUUCCCCUUGUGGCCAGAAUGGUAAUUGUACAAACACAAAUGGAGGGUUUGUGUGUGACUGUGACGUAGGUUGGAUUGGUCUGAGGUGUGAUGCUGACGUCAAUGAAUGUUUAGAUUCCCCCUGUGACCAGAACGGCAACUGUACAAACACGAGAGGUGGGUUUGUGUGUGACUGUGACGAUGGUUGGAUUGGUCUGAGGUGUGAUACUGACGUCAACGAAUGUCUAGAUUCUCCUUGUGGCCAGAAUGGUAACUGUACAAACACAAAUGGAGGGUUUGUGUGUGACUGUGACGUAGGUUGGGAUGGAGUCACGUGUUCCGAUGACGUCAAUGAAUGUCAGGUUAGCAGCCCGUGUGUUAAUGGCGGAACCUGUAUAAAUACUAAGGGAGGGUACUUUUGUAAUUGUUCAGCAGGAUUCUUUGGCGUUGACUGCUCCUCUGAUAUCGAUGAAUGUUUAGAUUCCCCUUGUGGCCAGAACGGCAACUGUACAAACACAAAUGGGGGGUUUGUGUGUGACUGUGACGUAGGUUGGACUGGUCUGAGGUGUGAUGCUGACAUCAACGAAUGUUUAGAUUCUCCUUGUGGUCAGAAUGGUAACUGUACAAACACAAAUGGAGGGUUUGUGUGUGACUGUGCCUAUGGUUGGACUGGUCUGAGGUGUGAAGCUGAUGUCAAUGAAUGUGCCACCACCGUUUGUAGACCAAAUGGUACUUGUGAGAAUGCCCCUGGUGGAUUUAGGUGCCACUGUUAUCCAGGAUGGGCAGGGGAGCGAUGUGACGUCGAUAUAAAUUUCUGUCAUAUACCAGACUGGUGCAAUACUGGUGACUGUAUCUUCAACAAUAACACAUCCACGUGUAGCUGUCCAACUGCAUGGUUUGGUGACAGAUGCCAGCAUCACAAUGGUGGCUGUAUUGACAACCCUUGCUUGAAUGGUGGUUCAUGUCAAUAUGUCAACGGAAAAAACUCCUGCACAUGUCUUGCAGGAUGGAGUGGUUCGAUAUGCGAAGAAAAUAUCGAUGACUGUGCUUCGAAUCCUUGUAACAACGACGGUACAUGUUCUGAUAGAGUCAAUGGUUUUGUCUGCGCAUGUGCCGCUGGCUAUACCGGAUCCAAAUGCCAUGUAGAUAUAAAUGGUUGUAAAAACAGUCCCUGUCAAAAUGGCGGGACUUGCCACGACCUGUCGGGUGUAUACCGAUGCGAUUGCACGUCAGAUUACAAAGGGCUGUCUUGUGAAUUUAUGGCUGCCAUAUCAAUAAACACUACUAGGAUAUCAUCUACCCCAACUACUCCAUUAACAGCGACAAUGUCAGAGAAGCCAAAAAAAUCUUCUUUUCACAGCGAGGUAACAUCAGCAGAUCACGUGGACACCAGUACACCAAUGAAACGUGGAACUGUUGAUGUGAAGACAUCCACUGCUCAUUCUCCGAGAGUUAUGGCGCCACGGUCCACGUCAACAGUUGUUAAAGCACACAAAACAACUACAGAAUCGGUGGAAGGGUCGUCUUCUGAACAGGCAAAACAAAGUCAGGACUGGUUUUCAGACAACAAGUACAUCGUGAUAGCUGGGGCAUGUGGUCUUGUGGCCCUCAUAUCACUGACGGCUCUUACAGUGGUAUGUAAAAGGAAAAAAAGAAAUUAUGGAAGCAGACAGACUUCUGUGGACUCGGAACGGAGUUUGCGUUUUGAGAACCAAUUAUAUGGCACAAAUUCGGAGGCUUGAGUCUGUUGAGAUUCUCAUCUCUAUGUAAAUCUCCCAAAGCUUCAUUUCACUUCUUCUUGGUAGUUUAAACUUACUUAUGUUGGCGCACUAAAAGUAAGUUUAUAACGGGAUUUAAACAAAUUAGCGCCAUAAUGAAUCGGCGCAAAGAAACAGUCGCGUAGAACUGGGUACACAGUAAUUGUAAUUGGCGAAAUCAAAAUUUAGCAGAAUUCUGUCAGCGCGAAAACUGACAAAAUAGGAUUACGACAAAAAAUAUGUUAAUUUAAAGUUCUUCCUCUUUUGGAAGUUUUUUUUAUAAGAUGGCCGGUUUGUAACUUCUUCAUAUGAUAUUCCCUCGCAGGAGAAAAAUGAUGAAAAUGGGAAACUGUAAAAUAAGGAUGAACACUAAAAAAAUGUUUACACCGAUUGCAUUGCGUAAGGGAAUAUCACUUAACAUUCAUUUUAUCAUGAAAUAAGUUUUUUUUGCAAAUGUUGGACCACUCGAUCUCGUUAGGUCGUUUCGUUGGUUGACUGUGCUUGUGAUAGUUUGAUAGGCGAUAACCAGGGUAAAGAUGCUUGAAGUACAACAUGAAACAAUACAUUCAGGAAUUCCCCCAAAAAAGUUUUGGUUUAAAAAUGUGUUAAAAACUUAAAUUAUCAGAUACAGUAUGUAAUAUAUAGUAUGGGUAUCAUAUGAAAACUACUUCUCUAGAACUGUUGUUAAUUUAACAAUAAUUUUUAUGGGUUUUUUAUGAUUAAAUGAAUAUAUAUGUGAUUGAUAUCUAAAUGGGCCCUGCCUUUAGAACAUUCAAAUUAAAGAUAAAAUUGAUCUUUGUUAUUUUGGUCUCUAAGAUAUGUCUGAUCCUAAGUUUCAAAUUAAGGGGAGAUGAUAUAGCAUUAGAAUUCAGCCGGGCAAAGCUUUUCAAAAACUUAGGACCUGGUGGCCAAUCAAAACGAUAUUACAGUGUAACUGAAUAGUCAAAUUAAGUAUGUUUCUGAUGUUUCGAUUGUUAAUAUUAUUCCAUAUGUUUAAUUAUAAAUAUCAAACAAAACAUGAAUAUUCAUUAGUUGAACUACGUAAAGGCAUUGUUAUUAUGCAUAAACAUUUGUAUCAGUUUUAUUGUGUGUCUUGCUGGGAUUACGUAUUGAUAUUAUUUAGUAAAAAAUGUAUAACAUAUAUUUUAUAUAUUUUCAUAGCAAGGAUCCAUACAAAUAUUUACUAAUUUGAAUAGACUUUAGUAUAUAGUCUAACCAGUGUGAUAUAUACAGUGGUGUUAUCUAUCACAAACAGUGCGACUCGUUUUGAUAUAUACUAAUAUAUAUACAUUUUUACUUAUUAACCUGAUGAGCAUGUUUCAUUAAAACUUCAAAAUUUCAAGGAAGGUUUUAAUGCUCCACGAAACGUUUUGAAAGAAUAUUGCACAGUUUUGACAGGAAUAUGAGG